GUGAAUGUGAAUACUUUUUUGAAUUUCCCGUUGUUGCCGCUUUGUGGAUAAAGCAGUUCACUUAUUCAGCAUUUGACACUUCUGCUUGACAGCCAGACAUUUGUUUAUUGUGAAUACUGAAAAUGGCAAAAUCAAAGAAACAAGAGGAAACUCCCCACAAAUCGCAUAAAAAAUCUAAAAAGCAUUCCAAGGUCUCAAAAGAUUCGUCUAAUGAAGAUGACAAAAAAGUGAGCACCUUAAAACGUAAACAAACCGAAGUAGCACGUGUACUACAACUGAAAUGCGCUAUGCUGCUCCAAGGAACCUUAUCAUAUUUGGAAUACACAGAAUUAAGGGAGGAACUAUGCCGUCUAAAUGCGCUAAAGGAGACAUUUGCUAAACAAGCCGCUAGUUUAGAAAAGCGCUAAAAUAUCAUUUAAACUGAUUCGUAUUAGAAACAUAUUGUUUAUAUAUAGAAGGGCUAAUGUUAACGUUUUCAUAAUAAUUUUGAUUUGAUUAAAUUAAGUAAAAUAAAUAAUAAUAAACAAAGUGAAAGAA